AAAUCCGACGAAAUCCGACGAAAUCCGACGAAAUUCAGUCUGCUUGACGACCGACUCAGGCACCUCGUUCGGGUCGGUUCGGGUUGGCUCGUAGAAUACCCCAGCACACACACACACCCCUCCAACAGACACGUAGCCAGAACGGACAUCACAAUCGAGCAACACAGACCCCCGAGCACUCGAGUCAUGUCGGCGCUGGAACAAUUCAAUCCGAGCUCGUCGCUCGAUCGCACCUCUAGCAAGGAAAGCAUUGCAACGCUAUUGGCAAACCCGAGUGCUGCUGGAUCGGCAUUCACAUCUCGCCCAUCGUCGCUGGCAAGCACUGCAAGCGCUGGCAGGAAAAUGGGCUCGAUUGAUGAUAUCCAUGCAGCACUCAGUGCUCGACUCGGCGAUGCGAAAGACGCGACAACGCCUUCUGGCGCCGGAAAGUCCACCUUACACAGCGAUGAAAACGUGUCCUCCUCAACUCCAAACCGGAUGGAGGCCGCCAUCGCGGAAGCGCCGGAACAGGAGCACAGCGAAGCCGCAUCAUCCCCCGACCAGCAAGUGGCACUGCUGAGCAGGUCUGAGGCUGUAGCGCUGGCCAAGGCCCUGGGUCUGGCAGAUUUUAGUCCCACCACGCUGUCGCAGAUUGACGCCAUGUCUGCAACGCUGGCAGAGCUGGUGAACGACAAGUCCGCUUCUGAGGACGAUGCUGUCCGCGUUCAGGAGGCGAUGGGCCUCAUUUCCAUCCUACGGCAUCGGUUUGUGGAAUGGUACACGCUCGCGCCCUUGCUGCAAUUGCUAGAUAAAGCACAGAGCGAGCUGAGUGAACUCCAGGCGCAGAUUGACCACUGCUUUGAACCACCUGCCUCGCUCGAAACGAGCUACGUCAAUCAAACAAAGCUGGUACGAGCCAUUCAAGGACGCGUUGACCGGGUCCAUCUGCGAUACGCACUAGCAAUGCGAGCUCGCGGCCAGUCAUCCGUGCCAAUUCCCGCUGCUCCAUUGCGCGUUGUACCGGGCAAGUCCAUGGCAUCCGAGGCGUACGAGCAAGCGUUGGAGACUGAGAAUCCAACCGCCCAGCCGGUGCACGACCAAAUGCUCUUGAAUAUGCAGUUGCUGAAACUAUCAUCGCCGCUGACGCGAUAUAUUGUGGACUCUGCAACCAGCAGUUCGUCGACUCAAACCCGGCCAGAGGUCGUCACCCCACUCGUUGCGGCCCCUGGUCUCUCAAACUCUGCCGUCAUCGACACCAGCAACUCCCCGAUGGCGCCGUCAACGUUCAACUCGAGCUCACGAACUGCUUCUCAGUCCUCCUCUUCUUCGUCUUCUUCCUCGCAGCGUCCGAAGUCGGCCUUUUCGUUUUCCAUGCUCAAACGCAAAGACAAGGACAAGAGCAAAGACAAGGACAAGGACAAGGACAAAGACAAGGACAAAGACAAGGACAAAGACAAGGACAAGGAUAUGGACAAGGAAAAAGACAAGGAAAAGGACAAGGAACUCGACAAGCCCUCAUCUGCUUUCGUCUCAAGUCCCGCUCCACUUCUGGCCACCCAAUCUUGGGCUUACUUUUAUAACACGUCGGGCCGCACCUGCUUUGUUCACAACCUUUCCAACCGUCGAGACUCGGCAAGCUCUGACGCAUCGAGCCAGCAUCGUCGAAACCCGUCCGAAUCGUCCGGUUCGACUUCAUCGAGCGCGGUGCAACAAGAUUCGCCUGGGCGGCGAAGGUCGUCGGCCGCCAGCUCUGCAAGCUCCGGUAUGCUUGUUCGUGCACAUUCGUCGGCGUCCAUGCGCCCAGACCUGGACACUGGUCACGCUUUAGAGUCCCUCGCUCUGCUGGCACGAGACCCAGUCACAUACAAGAUGCUGUGUGCGGCGGGCAAAGCAGAGCCCCUCGUGUCGGGUCAGUCGUUCCAACCCCGAAACUUGGACUCUUUGUCGAACAGCGCCACGCCCAACCCUGCCUCGUCUACUGCCUCCGGAAGUACCGGAUCUGUCUCUGCCGCCGAGCAGUACUUGCGACACCGAAUGUUUGCCGCAUUCCAGCGGCCCAGCAGUCCAGCAGAGUUUGUUGCAACCGAAGACCUUUCUUCUCGAGACGAUGCGCCAGUCGCAGCGUUCCGAUCCUCUGCGUCGUCGAUGCGGCCAAUUGCCAUGUUUGCGACUUCUGCCGACCUUUCCGACAUGAGAGGUCGAGCGUCGUCGCAUUCUCGCGUUGGUGCUGCGGGCAGUGGCCAUAGCAGCGGAUCUAGCUCGCCAGCAUCCAAAGUCGGGCGCAAGACGUGGCUUCCAAAUGCGGUCAAGGAUAAGCUAUUUGACACGCUCUUCUCAGCCCGUGGGAAGGAGCGGCCGGGCUCCCCUGGUUUGCUGGGAGCCGGCUCCUUGCAUGGGAACGCAGCAGCAGACCACCAGCAACUACUGCACCGCCACGCCGUCAUUAUUGGCGAUCCACUGCUAACGCUGCUUUGCAACAAUCCACGAUUUGCGCUCGCUGUCUGUUGCCAUGUCGCUCCCGAGCGGUUGGAUGCAUUCAUUCGCGCGCUGCUCUCCAUUCUCGAGGCGCAGAACGCAGCGAGCUCGCUGGUGUAUCUUGCUGUCGAGCAAGAGUUUGCCGAACCCACGCUGCAAGAUCCCUCAGAGCUGUUUCACCGGCUCAGUGUGCCGGGCAAGAUUAUCAAGGCUUACAUUAACAAGAUUGGACAUACCUAUCGCAUUCACGCCCUACAUUCCAUUGUCGACUGGAUUGCGACCAACGACCACCUCAACUUUGACGCCACAGCGCCAACGCCACCUCCAAGUGCUGCGCAACCGUUGUCCCAGCAGCUCCCGCCCUCCGCCCCUCGAGAUGAGCCCACCGCUCACAGUGACACUCGCAGCUCUUUCUUGGACACUCGGCAAGGGGAGGAGAUGGAUGGCGAGGCUGAGUAUGAUCGAAGCUCCUUCGUGGCGGCGGUCCGCCCACCCAAUUCCUUCACGAUGAAACGGUCCAGCUCCGUGCCUUCCUUGUCGUCGGACUCGGAAGCCUCGUCACUCAGGGAGUCCAUGACAUCGCGCUCCGGAUGGAAUACUCCCGGAGGCGUCUCGCGAACGGUGGAUGACAGCGGCGCCGCGACCCAUGAAACGUCACGCAUUGGUUCGCUGACACUCAGCUCGGCUAUGGCUGCCAAGCUGAGUUCCAAGUUUUUGACCGCCGCACGUUUGGGCGCGUUUUCUGCUGACACGGCGGCAGAGCACCAGCAGCGUCUGCUACAGCAGGCCGCGCUCGCUUCUCUGGGGGAUAAAGACGCCAGGUCGAUAGAUGCGAUGGUGCUCGGGGUGGAUGUCUCGCCAAGUGCCUCGCGAACGAGUCUGAGUGGCACUCGAAGCAGCUUGGUGGCGCCAAAGAUGCCGACUACCACCACCGCCAGAGGUUUGCCUGCCGUCUCCCGCGCCGAGUCGAAUCAGGCGAUGACGGCCGAUGCAGGCGACUCAGCCCGGCCAUCCCUUCCUGGGGCAACCAAACGAAACCAGAACGACACGUCCCUGGAGAGCUGCGCCAAGCAGGCGCUGGAAGUCAUCAUGAACUCGAUUCGCGCGACGCCACUCGUCAUUCGAGAUCUGUGUCACGUCAUGUAUGUGGCCGCCUGCCGGCGAUUUGGCGAAAAGGAAGCGGUUGCGGCAGUGGGAAGCUUACUGUUUCUCCGGUUCUUUUGCCCGGCCCUGUGCGUUCCGGAAAGCUGUGGUAUUGUGCUGACGGUCGAAAACAUGCGGGCGAAUGUCACCAUGAUGCCUGCCGCCGCGGCCUCCAAUGAUCCGAGCUCGUCUUCGGGAAGUAACGACGCUUUGGACGGAUCAAAGGCAGCUGCUGACUCUGGCGCAAACAGCGGAGCCACCACCCCGGCGGGCACUCGGACGGCUGCCCUCUCCCAGUCGCAACGCCUCUUUGUGACGGAUAAUGUCGAUGCGGCCGCGCUGCACAUGGAUGUUGCAUCGUCUAGCAUGAUUCCAGCCGUCCCAGUGACCCCGCGCCCCAUCAAGCCUGUUGCACGUCGCAACCUCAUGCAAGUGGCCAAGGCACUCCAAGCCGUUGCGUCAAACUCUGGGUCGAGCCGCAAAGAGACCGUUUCGGCCGCACUCGGCGCGUUUGUCGACCAGCAAGCAGCCCCAUUCUCCCGCUACAUUAAAGAGCUCUGCAACGUGGCUCCGGCACAAGCCACUCGCUCGCACUUUUUGCAGCACGUGCGCGCCUACUCGGCAGCGCUAGACUUGCCGGAUACGGCAAUCAUUGUCGAAACCCUGGCGGCAACCCUGCCUUUGUUCUGCUCCAGUUUGCUGCAACACGAAGAGCCUGUCGUUUUCCCAGGCCAGAGCGAAGCCCAAGCGCAAAGCAUUAUACCAGUAGCACAAAGUCAAGCUGCUCCGGAAACGGAACUGGCCGAAGAAGAAGAGCUCGAGCCCGAGGAGCGGCUGUUGCUCUCGACCACCAGCAGUGGGUCGGCGAUUCCGUUGCGUUUGUCUGCAACGGGCAGCUCGGCUGCAGCCAUUGCGGCCGCCGCGUUGCGCCGCCGCUCGCAGAUGGCUCGUCGCAGCAACUCUGUCACGACUCUCGGGCCCGUCGCGGUCGCGAUGCCGACGAGCAAUGAGUUUUUCUUUCCGGAGCUCGGAGAGACCAACUUGUCAUCCUCGUCUGCCAACGGCAGUCGUCACUCACUCAAGACAAUCGACUCGCAAGUCGACCUCAGUGUUGGCAGCUCGGACGUGCGGUCUGAUUCGGCUUCGGGAGGCAUUUCGCCCCACAACCGCUCCAGGUCUGCCUCUAUUCAGUCGUUCAACUCUGGUGGUCCCGUGCUUAAACGUAGACGGUCGUCUAAGCUUAGUUUGGGACAGCAAACCCCGACGAAAGCACUUCUCCUACCUCGCACCAGCAGUCCAUUCGCGUCGCGUGCCAGCCUAGUUGUGCAAACAACACCAGCACCGGGUACCACAGCCACCACCUACACUUAUGACGUUACGACCGAGUUCCGCGAAGAGCUCAUGCAUGUCGCCGCAGAGUGCGAGCACUUGUUUGCCCUGCUGGACGAAGAAUGCUACGUUCCUCGUCUCUAUUUGCAAGAUGAUCAGGCAUCGGUGGCCUCGAUCGUCGCAUUGCCGCCUGGCACAGAUACCCCACAUGACGGGCCGGCGACUGAACAGCCUCAGUUCUCGCUCACACCCCAUCGAUUUGCCGUGCUCGUAGCCCACUUUGAUCCGUGCCUUCCUCGCGCAAACCGCAGCUUCUGCGAUUCCAUUGGGGCGGACAGCUACGCUGCCCUUGAUGCGACAAUCCGAAAGCGCAACGACGUGAUUACCGAACUCAUCAACACCGAACGGCAAUUUGUGCGUGACCUCUGCCUGACGCUCGAACUCUUCUACCGCUGCAUCCGACACUGCGUUCCGCCAGCGGUGCUUCUUGCCCUUUUUAACAACAUGUACGAUCUGUUCCCGGUGCAUGUCAAGUUGCUGGAAGAGCUCAUGGAUGCGCAGAACAAGAGCCCGGCGAACGUCGUUGGCAUUGGGCAAGUGUUCCUCCGCUGCCUGCCCUAUUUUGAGGCCUACCGUCACUACUCUCCACGCCAAAACUCGGCCCAUGCCGUGUUGCAAGAGGAACAGCGAACCAACCCCAGGUUUAAGCUAUUUAUUGAGGAGGCGGCUAGUAUCCCCAAGGCUCGGAAGCUGGCGUUUUGGAGCUUCUUGACACAUCCGCAGCAGCGUAUCAUGAAGUACCCGCUAUUGCUUGAGCAAAUCAUCAAAACAUACAAGUCAAGCGAGCCUGAACCUGAGCGCGAAGCGCUGCAGCUCGCGCACCGCGGCAUGAACACCCUGCUGGCCGAGUUGAACGAGUUUGCCAUGCACACGACAAAUCCGGCUAUUUUAGCCUUCGAUGUCGACAUCCGCCAAAACAGCUCUGUCAGUGCGCGUGGCAUCCAAGAACUUGCCAAGCUCCUGGAGGUGGAAAAGGCAAAAUUGCAGGACCUUGGGCGCGAAAUGGAGUCCAUGUUUGAGGUGCCGCAGACGCUGGAAGAUCGCUUUACGGCGCAUCGCCAGCUUGUGCGAAAGCUGGAAACCGAGUUCAAGCGGCUCACAGAAGGUCCUUCGGUCAGCUCUCAGCCGUCGACGCCGUCCCCCGCACCGCCCGUCCGAACUGAGAUGACCAAGCUCGAGUCCCUGUUGCUGGAACACGAAACGGCCACACUCCACCUUGCUUCUCUCGCCGAUGAAAUCGAUUUGUGCUUUGAAGCCCCGGAAGAUUUGUCGCAUCGUUACGACGUGCAGGCGAAACUUGUCAAAAAGCUGACUGCCCAGCUGCAAGAGUAUAGCGACGCUUAGGAUGCUGGGCUUCACGGGUGUCCACUGCACAGGUUCCAAUGGUUGAGACCAAAUGCCAGUUUCAAUGUUGUCAUAUCACUGAACUUUAUUGUGUUCGUUGUUCGACAAAGAACACUACAAAUACAAAUGUUGUAAGCUCCUGCUCAUAA